UUUGUUUUCAUUGAAAAGGGGUUGAAAGAAGGAGGCCAUGAUGGUGCAUGUUAGCAUGACCUAUGGCUUGGUAGCACUAUUAUUGGUGAUGAUCUCCAUAUGCUGCACUAGGGCCACGGUGCAAGCCAUGACGCAGCAAUCGGAGGUGCGUCAGCUCCUAAAGCGAUUGAAUAAGCCUGCAGUGAAGAGCAUUAAGAGCCCGGACGGAGAUAUCAUAGACUGUGUCCAUAUCUCUCAUCAGCCAGCUUUUGAUCAUCCUUCACUCAAAAACCAUACUGUCCAGAUGAGGCCGAGUUUCCACCCAUUAGGCCUACAUGAUGACAACAAGGUGGCAUCAAAGAUGGAAACUAAAUCCAUACCUCAGAUUUGGCAUCAAAAUGGGAGGUGCCCCGAGGACACCAUCCCUAUUAGGAGAAACAAGAAAGGUGAUGUGCUGAGGGCCAGCUCUGUCGAAAGAUAUGGGAAAAAGACCCACACAACAGUCCCAAAUCCCACUUCUGUAGAUCCCAAUGAUUUUAACAUUGUGCAUCAUGAGCAUGCGCUUGCUUAUGUAAUGGGAGGUAGCUACUAUGGAACAAAGGCAACCAUGAACGUGUGGAACCCGAAACUGGAAUCACCAUUUGAGUUCAGUCUGUCUCAGCUUUGGAUUGUUGGUGGUCCUGAUAAAGUUUUAGAUACCAUCGAAGCUGGCUGGCAUGUUUAUCCAAGUCUGCAUGGAGACAAUAAAACAAGACUAUUCAUUUACUGGACUCAAGAUGGUUAUCAAUCCACAGGCUGCUACAACCUAGUUUGCCCUGGGUUCAUUCAAGUCAACAAGGAGAUAGCAUUGGGUGCUGCCAUCAGUCCCAUUUCUAGCUAUGGUGGCCGCCAAUAUGAAAUCACUUUAUUAGCCUGGAAGGAUCCAAAAUCGGGUAAUUGGUGGCUGCAGUAUGAGAAUCUAUCUCCAUUGGGCUAUUGGCCUUCAUCCUUAUUCCCUUAUUUGACAAAUGGUGGCUCCCUAGUAGAAUGGGGAGGGGAGAUUGCAGACUUAAAUUCAAAUGGUCCUCACACCUCCACACAGAUGGGCAGUGGCCAUUUCCCAGAAGAACGUUUUGGUAAGGCGAGCUACAUCAGAAACAUUCAAAUAGUUGAUCGGUCCAACAAGCUUCAAGCUCCUCAAGGGGUUGGCACUGUCAUUACAAGACCCAAUUGCUACAAUAUGAAGAGUUACAGCAAUGGUUACUUCUACUAUGGGGGUCCUGGUAGAAAUCCCAAUUGUCCAUAG